AUGGAUAUCUGUGUUAACUUCAACCCUAUUUCUCGCCUCAUUCUCCACUUGCUGCUCUUGUUAUUUUUGGCUUCUUCAAGCCUAAACACUAGUGGUAUUGUGGAAUCAUGCAUGGAGGAAGAGAGACGAGCUCUUCUCAGCUUUAAACAAGAUCUCACUGAUUCAUCUGGUAAGCUUUCUUCUUGGGUGGGUCAUCAAUGCUGUCGAUGGAGAGGGAUUUCAUGCAACAACCGAACUGGUCAUGUUGCAAUAGUUGACCUCCGUAAUACAUAUCCAUACACCCCUGAUGAUGGUCAGUGGAACUCCACGGAGUUUGGAGAAUCUUUUUUGCAAGGUAAGUCAAUUAAUCCUUCUUUGCUUGGCUUGAAACAUCUGAGUUACUUAGAUUUAAGCAACAAUGACUUCAAAUGGGUUCACAUUCCAAAAUUCAUUGGCCAGCUUACGAGUUUAAGCUAUCUCAAUCUCUCAUAUUCCAACUUUUCUGGAGAGAUUCCCUCUUCUCUUGGUAACCUCACAAACUUGAACUAUUUGGACCUCGAUUCUUAUUCUCUCAGUAAUGUUUCUUCCAAAAACUUGAAUUGGAUUUCUCAUCUCUCUUCCCUCAAAUACCUCAGUCUUAGAGAGUUGAACCUUAACAGCACAGGAGUAAGUUGGCUACAUGCUGUUAACAAGCUUCCUUCCCUCUUAGAGUUGCAUUUGUCAUCUUAUCAAAUUCAAAGCAUUCCACACUCCCUGCAAUCCAUUAACUUGACAUCACUUGCCGUCCUUGAUAUGUCAUUGAAUAAUGUUAUCAAUUCUUCAUUUCCUAAAUGGAUUUUUAAUCUUUCUAGCCUUACAAAACUUGAUCUAAGUGAUAAUUCUUUCAGUAACCCCUUUGUUGAUGAGUUUGCAACCCUCAAAUCUCUAGAACACCUUGAUUUAUCUUUCACGGGACUCAAAGGUCAAGUUCCCAAAUUCAUUGGAAGUUUGUGCAAGCUAAAGUCAUUAAGUCUUGCAGUCAACAAAUUUGAUGGGGGGAUUCAAGAGUUUUUGAGUGGUUUUUCAAAUUGUUCAUUUAAUAGAAUGGAGUCACUAGAUUUGUCUUAUUGUGGGCUGGUAGGCAAAUUGCCUAGUUCGUUGGGAAUCCUGAAAAGCCUGCAGUUUCUCACCCUUCGUAGUAAUUUUUUCAACGGUUCCAUUCCUCAAAGUUUGGGAAAACUCACUCAGCUGGUUAUCCUUGAUCUGUCUGAUAAUUCAUGGGAUGGCAGUUUAACGGAAGCCCAUUUCAUAAAUCUCACAAGAUUAAAGUCUUUUCAAGUAAGCACUGAUGGACUUGUGCCCAUCAUUUUCAAUUUGACUGAUUAUGAAUGGAUUCCUGCUUUCAAGCUCCGUGAAAUUUACAUGUACAAUUGCCGAGUAGGUGUUGUCUUCCCUUUAUGGCUUCAAUCUCAAACUGAGCUCGUGCGGGUCUCACUUACGAAUGCUGGAAUCUCGAGUCCAAUACCAAAGGAAUGGGUCUUUAAGAUAUCUUCCCAAAUCCAAUGGUUGGAUUUAUCUGACAAUCAAAUAAGCGGAAAGCUUCCAUUCCGAUUCAACUCUUUUCCAAAUCUAAUUUGGAUAAUUUUGAGCCAUAAUCAAUUUGAUGGCACUAUUCCAUCAUCUAUUUGUGGCAUUCAAUCUCUAUAUGUCCUUGUUCUGAGUAAUAAUCAGUUAUCGGGAGAAUUCCCUAAAGAAUGGAGUUUGUGGAGCCGGAUAGGCGUUGUGGAUGUCUCAAACAACAAUAUGUCUGGUAAUAUUCCUCAUCAUUUUUGCAGUCUUCCUUUCAUUCAGAUCCUAGACCUUAGUCACAACAGAUUUUCAGGGACUAUUCCCAAGUGUUUGAAUAAUUUGGUCGGCUAUGGUUAUGGAGACUGGACGUUCUUGACUUCUCAAGUCGAUUAUGGAGCCUGGACGUUCUGGACUUCUCGAGUCGGCUAUGAUGGCUAUGGAAUCUGGAUGUUCUCUGGUAGUCAUAUAGUAACAACUGCGACUGUAAACGGAAGAACAAGUAAAUACUUCAAUCACAAUGCGAGGCUUCUAUUCAUUAUUGAUUUUUCAAGUAAUGAUUUAGAAGGUGAAAUUCCAGAAGAAAUCUGCAGCCUCGUUGGAUUAGGUACAUUAAACCUGUCCAUGAAUCAAUUAAGUGGAAAUAUCCCCUCAAAAAUCGGAAAUUUGCACUUGCUCGAAACACUUGACCUCUCCCAGAACCAGCUUUCAGGACAGAUCCCACAAAGUCUCGCUUCUCUGACCUUCUUGUCUCACUUGAACUUGUCUUCCAACAAAUUGACCGGAAGAAUUCCUUCGGGCAACCAACUUCAGACGCUCGAUGAUUCAUCUAUUUAUGAGGGCAAUCCUUCACUCUGUGGAUUUCCUCUCUCAAAAUGCCCAGAAGAUGGAGACAACAUGCAUGAGCCUCAUGAAGCUGAAUUUGAUGAUGAAAAGCUUGGUUUAUAUACCAGCACGGUGCUUGGCUUUAUCAUAGGCUUUUGGAGUGUUUGUGGCACAUUGAUAUUGAAGAAGUCAUGGAGGUAUGCUUAUUUUCAAUUUUUUGACUACAUCAAAGAAAAAGUAGCACUAGCAAUUGCAUUGAAAGUAGCUAGUUUGAAAGCAAGGCAGUGA